AUGGCAGAGGGAGAGCAUAUGUCGCCACGGCUUGCAGCUCUUCACGCCGAGUACGGCCGUUAUGCUCGUUUGGGGAAUGAUGGAACAUCUGAGUUAAACUUUCAGGAGUUCGUGGCUUUGGCAACGGCACUGCAGCUUCCGCUUUCCAGGCAGAGCGAGGAGGAUCAGCGUCGGGUUUUUGCAGAGGUAGCAACUAGCGGUGGUGGAAGUCAGAAUACCGUCUCGUUUGAGGAGCUUUGUGCAUGGAUCGAGAAAAGCACAUCAGCAGACGCUGUAGCUUUGAGGCUUUUGACGCUGGAGGAGGAAUCAGCAUUUUCAGCAGGGCUGGUUCGAGCAAUGACUGGCCUGCUACGCUCACUAGGUGGUGUGGCAGUCAUUCAGGCCCUCGCUGCGCUGAAGUUCAAAUGUCUGUGGAUUGCGAAGUCCGUCGCCUUUGCGGCGAAGAAGCUCAUGAUGCUGGCCAAAGCUAAGGCUUUCGUCUCGGCCGAGACAGCCAUGCGCAACCCUUGGCGUCUCUUCCGCCGACAAGUCGUCAGCCCACUGCAUGCAUUUCGUGUGCAUCCCUCUGGAAUGUGGGACGCUCUGCGUGAGGAGCACAAGCAACGUGGGGUCCGAGGAAUAGGCAUCAAGACAACGGGUCCAUACUUCGCCAAUGCCGUGGUUGCCAUGUCCAUGUUCCACGCAUACACAUACGCACGACUGUCCUUGCAUAUGCUGGCAGCAGAGUAUCCUGCGAUAACCGAGAAUCCACUGCGAUGCGAAGCAGGUGCUGCUUCGGCAGCUGGAGUUGUGCAGGCCACACUGCAUACGCCCUUGUAUAAUAUGCGAUUGGGACGUGAAGAUCACAUUGCUGCAGUGCAACGCGUGGAACACAAGGGGCUGUGGCAGACUUUCCGUGAACUUUACGGGAAAGGUGGCCUUCGAGCAUGCUUCCAGAACUAUCCUUUUGUUCUGGUGCAAGAGACAUGUUCGCUGGUCACAUUUUUCACCAGCUACGAGUGGUUCAAGACAAAGGCGAGCAUUCUGCUUCAUGAGCAUGUGGAUGCCUCCGGUGAGAAGGAUGCCUUGGCAUGGGCCUCAGCCGCGUGCCUCUCGGGUGUUGCGAUGGUCGGGGUCAGCACACCCUUUGAGAAUGUGCUGACGUGGCAUAUUUCCAGAAGAAGGCCCAGUACUCCGAACGGUGUUGUCCUGCACUUUGUCCGCUUUGGGAUUUCCAAGCCACAGACUGCUCGCUUGGUGCUUUUCAGUGGAAUGAGGACGAAGCUGAUGACGGCCCCUUUGAUGGGUUUGCCCUUGCUUGCCUACGAGCUCAUGAUUCACAGAGGAUGGGCACCUGCGUUGCCCUGCUGCGCCGUGACCCACGGCAGCGCAGACCUGGAACUCAUCCUGCCGAUGCACUGCAAGGCUGCGGGGCUGGAGGUGCCCGAGGUGCUCAGGUCCUAUGCAGAUCUUCGCCUCGCGGCCCAGCGACAAGUUCUCGCAAGUGGCAAAGAAGGUGUGCGCGCCUCGAGCUUGCGGGAGAUCUGCGACUCGCUGCACGUGGAAAUGGUGGGCACUGAGCACUGUGGCUUGGAUGACUCAUGGAUGGUUCUGUUGGCAUUGCAGCAGCUACUUAAGCUGGGCACACCGCUGCAACCCAUCCACUUCUUCGUCGAGCGUGAAGCAUUUCUGUCCGGAGAAAGACAGGAUUCACGGCUUUGCCUCGAUGGCUUGCCCUUCCAUGCGCUAUCUGCUGACGUGUCGGCAUGGAUGGAGAUGUAUCUGGACGAGGCAACAGUAAGGAAAAGCCUGCUCUACAUCGUCAUUGGAACUGAUGGCCGCGCAACCGGAAGAGCAGUGAUCCGCUUCUUGGAGGGUUGGGAGGCAGCUGCACGAGCCCUUCAGGUUCUUUCAGGUGGGAAGUUGAUGGUGUGCAAGGCAAGCGAGGAAACCCGCUACAGUGAGCGGUUGAUUCUGACUCGGCCCCUCAGAGAAGACGAACUACGUCUCAGCACCCUGGAGCAGCUGCCUCGCAUGGUAGAGGGAGCCACGAAGGGCCCCGCCCUCGCGCCGUUUCCAAGGGUGUUGAGUGACCUUGGCAGAGGAAAGAAGUACUGCUUCGCAUUCCAGGAGGACCGCUGCAAGAAUGGGGAGCACUGCCGAUACGUGCACGAGAAAGCUCCAGAUGGCUUCAUCAAGUUCACCACUAAGCACUGCUAUGACUUCCAGAAAGGCUUCUGUUCACGCGGAGAAACCUGCUUGUACAAGCACCAGCUGCCGCAGAAGAAUGGGCAUAGCUGA